UCUGCUUUCUCUCAACUCAUAACAAUUUAUAAUCUAAACUUGCUAUAUAAAUCAAGCCCUGCAAUCCCAUAUCACACACACACACACACAGUUGAAGCAAAAUCUUCUCCCUGAGGAUUUCCUCGGCAAAUUAUCAGCAGCAUAAACGAAAGAAAUGGCCCUUUGUUUUAGACUGUCGCGUGCUCUACUCUUUCUAUUCGUUAGCUGCAUUGCGGCUUCUCUGUUAGCUGAAUCCGCAUUGAAGACGUAUCAGUUUGAUGUUCAAGUGAAGAAUGUGAGCAGAUUGUGCCAUGCAAAACCAAUUGUUACAGUAAAUGGUUUGUUUCCAGGGCCUACUGUAUACGCCAGAGAAGGAGAUCAGAUUCUUAUAAACGUCACGAAUCAUGCACAAUACAACAUGUCCAUCCAUUGGCAUGGUCUGAAGCAGUUCCGCAAUGGAUGGGCUGAUGGACCGGCAUAUAUAACACAGUGUCCGAUCCAAACAGGGAACAGCUACACUUACAAUAUCACUGUUACAGGCCAAAGGGGAACCCUUUGGUGGCAUGCACAUAUUUUGUGGCUAAGAGCAACUGUUUACGGUGCCAUUGUUAUUAUGCCUAAGGAAGGAACUCCAUUUCCAUUCCCCCAGCCUUAUCGCGAAGCUAACAUAGUUUUGGGAGAAUGGUGGAAUGAUGAUGUAGAAACAAUUGUUAAGCAAGGCAAUAAGUUGGGAUUGCCACCACAAAUGUCUGAUGCUCAUACCAUCAAUGGAAAACCAGGACCCCUUUUCCCUUGUUCUGAGAAACAUACUUUUGCGAUGGAAGUUGAGUCAGGGAGAACAUACCUUUUAAGGAUCAUUAACGCUGCACUCAACGAUGAGCUCUUUUUUGCUAUUGCUGGUCACACCCUGACAGUAGUAGAGAUUGAUGCUGUUUACACAAAGCCCUUCACGACGAAUGCCAUCCUCAUUGCACCUGGCCAGACCACAAAUGUACUAGUGAAAGCUGACCAAUCUCCAGGCCGUUAUUUCAUGGCAGCAAGGCCUUUCAUGGAUGCACCAGUACCUGUUGACAACAAAACUGCCACAGCAAUCUUGCAAUAUAAAGGAAUUCCCAACAGUGUGCUUCCUACCUUGCCUCAACUUCCAGCUCCUAACAAUACUAACUUUGCACUAACAUAUAGCAGCAAACUCAAAAGCCUAAACACUCCACAGUUUCCUGCAAACGUUCCCCUUCAAGUUGAUCGCCAUCUUUUUUAUACCGUUGGUCUCGGACAAAAUGCCUGCCCCACCUGCCAGAAUGGAACACAAUUAACAGCAUCCCUGAACAACAUAACCUUUGUGAUGCCAAAGACUGGACUCCUGCAAGCUCAUUAUUUCAACAUCCCUGGUGUGUUUAGGACCGAUUUUCCUGACCGUCCCUUGGCCCCUUUUAACUAUACGGGUGCACCACUCACAGCUAAUCUUGGGACUACUUUGGGCACCAGGUUAAGUAAGCUAAAGUUCAAUUCUACUGUGGAAUUGGUGUUGCAAGACACGAAUCUCCUCACAGUUGAGUCUCACCCUUUCCAUCUCCAUGGCUUCAACUUCUUUGUCAUGGGAAGUGGGGUAGGAAACUUUAACCCCAAGAAAGACCCUGCCAAGUUCAAUUUGGUUGAUCCCCCUGAGAGAAAUACUGUUGGUGUUCCUACUGGAGGUUGGACAGCUAUCAGGUUCAGAGCUGAUAAUCCAGGUGUUUGGUUCAUGCAUUGUCACUUGGAACUCCACACAAUGUGGGGUUUGAAGAUGGCUUUUGUGGUUGAAAAUGGAAAGUCCGUAGACGAAUCUAUCCUACCACCACCUAAAGACCUUCCUCCCUGCUAGAUAUUGAGAAUCAAAGAGAUCCCGAUCUGUUCUUCCAAGCUUGCGUGGCAUGUAAAUUUAGCAAUUUGUUCCAGCAAAGCUGAAUUUCUUGUUUGUUCUGCAGUGAUGCAAUAGAUUCUUCGGUGAAGAUGAUUAGAUUGGGUAAUACAAGAGUAUUUCUUGCUUCUGGGUCUAAAUUGGACCUUCAUGUGUUAAAUAAAACCUGAUCAAUGAAGUUUCAAGUUCAGUUA